AUGCCACUUGUCAGCUCUACAACUUCGAAAGAGGAUGGCGGCACUGGCGGGAGCGCGCAUCUGAUUCACUCGAUUUGUGCAGUCGAUGAUGGUUCGCUGAUCUUUGCCAUCGCCUCCGCUGCAGGCGCCAAAUCGGCGGCACACACCUCCUUUGAUGCAGCGUUCUUCUGCUUCUGCAAGGCGGCCGGUGAUUCUGCGAAGGCAAUCCCUCGCAAGGCGCCACCUUCGCCUUGUGGUACAUCGUGCACCGGCGCCAUUCGUUAUGCUCUUUACGCACGCUCGUUGGCAGGCUCGCGUGGAGCCGACUUCUCGCCCAGCGCGCACGCAGAGUGCAGUGGGUGUCCUACGUGCUGCAGCGGGGCGGAAGCAACAGGUGGUGCCGGUGAUUCUGUGGCUCCGCCAAGCUCCAGUUUUCACUCGAGACAGUCGUGCUUACUGCUGGGGCACUCAACAGCGGCUGGGGCUGUGGCGUCACUAUUAGAGGGGUCAAGCGAUUCCUUGGCGGCCCUGCGGGCGUCGCAGUUGAUGCACCUUUUACACCGUCGCGACGCAGAUGCAAAGGCGCCUCUCGCUAACGUCGCCGCCAGUGCGCCACCGGCUUCUUCCCGGUCAUCCCCCCCACACCUUUACGACGACAUCUUGGUGGCUCUCCAUGUGGUGCGGCAGGAGGCUUGGCAGCACUCUUCAGGCGCAGGGGAUGCGCCAAUGCCGCUUGUCGUGGCUCAUGAUGCCGCGUCUGCUACCGUUAUCUGGACGGAUGUGCUGUGCUACUUCGAUUGCGGCUGCGCCGCCUUGGCGACCUUCAAGCUCACGCGCGACUCGCCACCUGCGGAGUGGUCUGUGCAGCUGGGCGGGUGCGUAUGGAUUCCGUCGGCACCGGGUCGUAGUGCCGGUGCCGUAAGGGGGUGGGCUUCUGCGUUGACAUGGGCGACCGGUGCUCCUCUCGUGAGCUCGCUCGUGCGGCCGUUGCCUCCCACCGCAUCACUCGCCACUUCUGCAGAUGCCCAUCGCGACGGCAGCAACUCGUUGCUGGAGCUGCUCGUUGUGUGGUGCAGCCCGACUGUAGCGUCUUCCUCUUCGGCCUUCUCUUCUUUCACUGGUGCUUGCCCUGUCGCGCGGUACGCCAGCCUCCGUUGCUGCAGCGGAAACCUACCGACAGCGUCGGCGAUUACGAGUGCGUGGCGGCUGCAUAAGCAAGCGAUCUUUGACAUGAGCGAACUGCUGCGCCUGGUGCUGAGGCAGUCAGUGUCGAAUGAGGGCGUACACGACUCUAUUUCCUCAUACAGCGUUCUGCCCCACGCCAGCGUGCGGGGUCUCCACUGGCUGCCUGGGACGGCCGACUUCACACAGUCGUACCCACUCCUCGCCGUGCUCUAUGCAGCUCCAACCGUUCAUUCUCGCCGCAUCGACGACCUCAGCGGUGCCCCUCCUGAGCCGUGCCUGGACUCGCUGGCUGUGUGCUACCUUAAGGAGGAUGGUCCUCACUUGAGUGCCGCCACCGUGCCCGCCGCUACCACUCCCCACAAGACCCCACCAAUGGUGAUGGGACGUCUGCUGGUUGGGCCGUGGUCUGUGCGCGGACUUGCCUUGGCCCACCCGCAGUUCCUCUUCGCCACGGCGCUCGCUGGACGGCGCUCGACACCCUCCCGUCCUCCUCCCGCCACGAAUAAGCAGUGCGUUGCGGUCCCAGCCGCCUCCGCCUCCUCGGCUGCGCAGGCGUUUCGUGCCGCGCUCCACUCCUGCGCCGAUGCGGCAACUGCGGUCCUCGGCGUCUUCCAGCGUCCGGCGCAGGAGCCCUACGCGACGAGUAGCCUUUUCCGCAGCCUGGCUGACGCCGUCGGCCGCCGCGGACACAGAGCAAGGACGUUGGCAGCCGCGCAGUUCUCUGAUAGCGAUGUAGUGCGCUUGAGAGAAGUCUCAUAUCUUCAGCGUGCGGGUACUGAGCAGAAGGGCCUCGGUGCCCUCCGCAACUCAAACGUAUUUGCGUUCGUGCUCUAUGGCUGCGACGGCGAGAUGGCGCGGUGCAUCCUGGACGGCUACAUAGAGGAUGCACAGACGACCUGGCUGGACCCACAUAUCAUGCCGGCGCACAUAGUCGGCAGCCCACGUGCAACUGGAAACCCGCGAGGACGCGGCGGUGAGGUGGAGAAGCGGGCUGUUGCGCGUGUGUGCGCUCUUCUCUCCGAGAAGGCCCCGGAACUGUCCGCACAGCGGGUGAACUGGCACAGUGCUGUGGUGAUCACCGUUCAAGCGCAGUGGACGCGAGCUCUGCCAGUGUUGACUGAACGUCGGCAUGGCAACGAGGUCCGCACCGACGGCGGCAUCGUUGCCGGUGAACACUGGAGCUUCUCUCUGCAUCUGUCACAGAGACUGCGUUCAUCAGCGGGGCCAGGUGGGUCACUGCAGCAUUCUUGGUGUGCCGCACCUCUAGCCAUGAUGGGCCGGAUCCUGUGCUGGCGGUCCGCCGCAGCGUCCGGCGAUGUUAGCUGUCUUGUGUGCGCAUACACAGCAGCACCGCACCAUGGUGACGCCACAUCCCAUGAAGUGGAUGCUCCCCCACAUACCCUUCUCGAGGGCGUCUUUGAGCUUUGGCUGAGCUCUUCCCCGAUGAACGGUGAUGGUGGUGGCUGCCCAGCGGCAGUGACACAGGCGACGGAUGCGACCUUGGGUAUGACGACGUCGCAGCAGUCGACUGCGUUAGCGAACCUUUGUCCGUGGGCGGUGGGUGGAUGCACUCGAGUCGUGCUGCCUUCCGCCUUCUCGGGUGUUCUUUACAAGGCAAGCACCGCAGAUACCCUCACCACCGCCUUCGAUUUGCUAUCGCACACGCCCACGUUUUCGGUUGCUGCAGCGAGGCUUGGGGCAACCGUGAGUGACAGUGUGGUGCCAGUUGCGCUCGCAUGGGUUGUCGGCAAAGUCCGUGAAGCCGGCGUAGACAACCUCGCUCGAACAGCUCCACCACUAUCCGCCACCGCUACAUCAUCCAGGUCAUCACUGCUGUCGUGUGUGAGGCAGCUGGAUGCAGUGGCGCUGCUACGCAGCGGUGAUGUUGUUGGUUGGGGAUGCGCCAGGCACUCCUCUGCUGCUGCGGCGGCGGCAAGGUCUUCGGGACACCUCAGUGGCGAGGGUGCGGUGCUGCACCUUGGUGCCAUUUACCGUGGUCUUGGGCACGACAUCGCCCCGCCACUGAAGCAGCUCUUUCUAGAAUUGCUGCUGAACUGUGGGGCCGGUGCCGAUGUUGUUCACAUGGAGGUGGUGACGGCGCCAGUGGAGGACAGCUCGCGACGGGUUGGUCAUCGGCAACCUAGCGCCGGCCUGUCACGGAUAGAGGCUGCCAGCAGCUCGUUAGCGAGUGCUGUGACGGAGACGGCGCCGAAGGGCACGGUUCUUCUUGUGCUGGCAGUUGGAUCGCUUGUCGGAGUUGUGGACCUUGCCGCUGGAGCGGUGGUCGUCGUACGGGACCUUCGUGCGGACUUACGCGACGCACCGGUGCGUGAGGAUGGUACGACUCAUCGUGGUGAUGCUCCAUCACCGACUACAGAUGGCGCUAUCCGAGCCACCGCAUCAGUACUGCGCCUGCAGCGACUUCCUGUGGCCACCCCAUGCGGGUGGAUGGCUGGUGGUGAUGCGGCCCAACAAGGUGCAGGCACCGCUGUCGGCACGUCCUGGUACUUUGUGUGGCGCGGUGUCAGGGAAGGGCAGCGGGACCACUCCUCGCUGACCUGUGUGCUUCGGCUUUCGUACCUAUGCUGGGCGGACGCCGUUUCGGCGCAGGUGGGUGCGGCAAGCAGCUCUGCCGCUGGCGGUGCUGCGCCUUUGGCUUCCGUCCUCGACACGGAGCCUUCGCCGUUGCCCCUGGUGACACUCCAGGUGGACGCGUGCUGGGCAGAAGAGGCCAAACUGCCGGCUCACAACAACGUUGUCUCGUCUGUCUCCACUUCUGCUAUCUCUCACCAUCUCUCACUGAGGCACGCUCCCAGCUCUGCUGCUGCGUGUGUUGGGUGGUUGUCGUGCGCCACGGCGUGCGCUGACGACGGUGUUGGUCAGGCAGCACCGCGUGCCACAGCAACAAGCAUGGGGAGUGAGGCAUCUUCAGCUGAGGCAGCCGACUAUCUGCCGUUUCUGAGCGUGUGCGAUGCCGCGCUGCUGCGAUCGCUCUGGCCAGUCCAGGCCACAGACGAGAUCAAAAUGUCGGGGAACCAAAGCUGUGCGCCUUCCUCUUUGCCAUCUGGCGCCGUCGUCCCUCGAUGUCGGCCGCCUCUGCGGCUCCUUCGUUGGGGCGGUGUCGCGCCACGGCCUUCGCCGACUUCAUCCUGUUUCCUUUACGGUCGAAUCGGCGCCACUUGUGUGAUGGAGCAGCUGGGCGGCGGCGGGGCAGCAGCCGGAUUCGGCAUGCCACUAAACAUUGUCUAUCGGUGGCUGCUUGGCGAGAGCUGCGGCACAAAUGCCGCCUUCAUGCCAUCGGAGAGGGAUGGAGACCCAGACCUGCCCCACAGACUGACGUGCCGUGAGGUCCUGUAUGUCUCCACGUUGACGCUCGACGUACGUGCGCUCGGGGAGCGUCACGACGAGCACGAGCCGGUGCCUCAUGACAGGACGGUGUUUGGCUCACCACCACCAGCGAUACCCGGAUGUGAACCAGCGUGCUCCUCUUCAGAUCCCACCUCGUGGCAGGUGCUCUUGUGCACCUUGUUGCUCCACAAUGGCGAGCAGACCUCGAAAACCAACGGCUCUACCAGAACCUUCUCCGGUGUGUCAGCCAACUUGGACGUCGGUGCGGCCGCUGCUUCUGCGACGAAGAUCGAGUGGGGGCAAAGUCAAACGGUCUCGUAUCUGCUGUGCGGUGUGCCUGUCGUGCCGCCUCAGAAGCAGUCCGGCUCUGCCGCCGCAACACACCGCUCCCCCCUCUUCACAUGGCAUUGGAUCCCGCUUUAUGUCUCCACAUCGCUCCCCGCUCCUGACAGUAGCGGUGGCGUGCAGCAGCAUCACGUCCCGCUUGCCGUCACGCGCGUUCUUCCUUCACCAAGACGUUUCUUUGCAGCAGAACUGUCGUCAACCGGUGCGGCGACUGUGAUCGCAAAGAACGUCCGCCACGCGGUGACGCCGUGCUCGUACUUCUACUGUGAAGGCACGCUGUGCAGUCCUGCUGCCGCGGCUGCGCCACAUGGCCAGCAGAGGUGCUACUGCUUGAGCGUAGAAGGCGAUCGUCUGCGGCACCUUCUCGAGCGGUCUUCUAUUGCUGCGUCGACGGAGGGCAUCGAGCAAGUGUACAUGUAUACCACCGUCAACCCCGAUCUCGUGCAAGUGGUGGGUGCAUGA